AAGUAUAAAUAUUUGGACUGAAAUUGCAUACCAAAAAUUUUUAUUAAUGAAAAAAAAUAGCACCCACAAUUAAUAUUACCGCCAAAGAGAUAAGAGCAUGAUAAAUUCCCAUUUGAAGGGAAAAUCAAAAUCCCUUGCGAUCACUUCAACCUUCCGUCUUGCCGCCACUUCAGUCAGCGGGAACCAUACCAUGGUGCAAUUCCACGAGCAUGUAAUCAGCGAGCUCCUCGACGAACCUUCCGGCGGGAUAGGUAUCUUAUCCUCCGUCCUCUCCUUCUCCCAACUCAUCUGUUCCCUUCUCCUCCUCCACGAGCCUUCCCAGGGCUCUCUCCUAAUCCUCUCCCCUUCCUCCCAAUCCCUAAGGUCCCAAAUCUCCCACCACCUACAAUCCUCCGAUGAAAGCCCUGAAGUCGCCGAGAUCACCGCCGAACUCCCCGCGCACCACCGCCUCCCCCUCUACUCCUCCGGCCAAACAUGCUUCAUCACCACCAGAAUCCUCAUCGUCGACCUCCUCACAAGAAAGAUCCCGGUCACCUCCCUCGCCGGCUUGAUCCUUCCCAACGCCCACUCUCUCUCCGAGACCUCCACGGAGGCGUUCAUCGUCCGGAUAGUGAAAUCCCUUAGCCGGUCAGUGUACGUUCGCGCAUUCACCGACAAGCCGCACGCCAUGGUGUCCGGUUUCGCAAAGACGGAGAGGAUUAUGAAGGUGCUCUACAUACGGAAGCUCCACCUGUGGCCGAGGUUUCAGGUCUACGUUUCCGAGGAGCUGGAGAGAAGUCCGCCGGAGGUGGUGGAUGUUAGGGUUCCGAUGAGCAAAUAUAUGGUUGGGAUACAAAAGUUGAUUGUUGAAGUUAUGGAUGCUUGUUUGAAGGAGAUGAGGAAGACGAAUAAGGUGGAUGUGGAGGAUUUGACUGUGGAGAAUGGACUGUUCAAGUCGUUUGACGAGAUUGUGAGGAGGCAACUUGAUCCCAUUUGGCAUACUUUAGGGAAGAAGACAAAUCAGCUUGUUUCUGACUUGAAGACAUUGAGGAAGUUGCUCGAUUAUCUUGUCAGUAUUUGGAUACGCUUAGGGUGUCAGAGAUUUUUCGCUCUGUCUGGAUAUUUGCAAAGUCGAGCUAUAAGAUAUUUGAUUAUGCAAAGAAAUGACACUUCGUCUGUAAGUGAGGGAGUUGUACUUGAGGAAGUUUUGGCGGAAGCACCUAAGUGGAAGGUGCUACGUGUGAGUGAGUGAGCUCCAUUUCUAGGUUGUUUAAUAUUUCCUUUGUGGUUGAAGUUUUGUUGAAGACUUGAAUCAUCAGUGUCUGCAGUAUGAAUCAUCAGAUAGAUGUCUACACUUUUGCGUCUGAAGAUUUUAGAUUUAAUACUUUUUCGCACAGGAGAUACUUGAAGAGAUAGAGUAAGAAAGAACAAAGCAACAAUUGGAUGAAGAUGCACUUGAAAGCGAUGAAUUGGAUAGUGGCAUUGUUCUAGUGGAUUGCAAAGAUGAACGCCAUGAACGCCAUGUAUGUAGGUCGAAGAUUGCUUAGCAAAUGGGUCUCUAAAUGUAAUGUGAGAAGAGUGGCACAAUUAUUUGUUGAGCAAAAUGGACUUGCAUAGCUUCCAAGCUCCACAGGAAAAGAAACCAAAGCCUAAGGAACCGAGAGGAAUUGGACUUGUUGAAGGAGUAGUCCCUGUAAAACCUUCCCAGAGCGCAGAAACUGCAAGCAGCAUAAACAAGCAGGAGCAUGAGGCUCUGUUGGCAGCAACACUAUAGAUAAGAAAUUAAGUGCCUAUUACGGACGAGAUACCACUUUAGGUUGAAAGUAAUCAGAAAAGGAAGGUAAAAGCACCAGCAAAUUGUCAGGCAUCAGGCAGUAAGAUCGAUGAGCCUGAAACUUUGCUGGUAAACGAAACUAAUAGCGAAAUUCUGGGAGGGAAGUUGAGGGGGGCUUCUAUGCCAGGGGCUCUUAGGAAUCAUAAUGGGGACCAUAAUGACCCUGAAGGAUUAGAAGAGGGUGCCAAGAAAAUUCCACCUUUGUAUUUCUAUGCUCUGGAAAGGGAUGAGCCUAUACUUGACAUGCUGAAGCCUUCUGUUAUUAUUGUCUACCAUCCGGACAUGACAUUCGUACGGGAGAUUCAAGUAUUCAAAGCUGAAAAUCUGUCAAAAAAGGUGAAGGUUUAUUUUAUUUUCUAUGAAGCAUCAAUUGAGUUACAUAAAUUUGAGGACAAUAUACGCAUAGAGAAUGGAGCUUUUGAAUCUCUGAUCAGGCAGAAAUCCAUGAUGAUGAUUCCUGUUGAUCAGAAUCUAAAUUGUCUGGGUCUAAAUUCUUCGGAUGAGCUAGAGGCCUCGAGUUCUCAGAACUCUAUAACUAGAAAAGCUGGUGGAGGAAAGAUGUCGAUAAGGAAAUGCAGGUCAUAGUGGACAUGAGGGAGUUCAUGAGUAGCCUGCCAAAUGUUCUCACCAGAAAGGAAUGCAGAUAAUACCAGUUACCUUGGAAGUAGGAGACUACAUUCUAUCCCCACUAAUCUGCGUGGAAAGGAAAAGUAUCUUUGAUUUUUUCAUGAGUUUCACAUCGGGCCGCCUCUACAACCAAGUAGAUAUAAUGGUACGUUACUUCUCAUAGAGUUUUCACAGGACAAGAGCUUAUAUUUUCAGUUUGUGACUGAUAUUGGGGAUGAUGUCACGCCCAACAACAUGAUCUCCAAGCUGUUAUUGCUCGCUUUGCAUUUCCCCCCGGUUACGAAUCAUAUGGCCCCGAAGCUUGCAUGCUACUGCAGAAAUAUUUGCUACCCUGAAGGUAAAUCAGGAUGAGCCCGAGCUAGACAAGGUAGUUAGAGUUUGCGUCCCUUCAGAGGAGGGUAUUGUUGAAAGCGAUGUGAGAGAUGAGAACUACAACACAUCGGCUGUUGAAUUCCUGAGGCGGCUUCCAGGAGUGAACGACUCGUACUAUCGGUUAAUCAUGGACCGUUGUAAAAGCUUAGCAGAGCUGGCUCUUCUUCCUGCAGAGAAGUUAGCUGAGCUAGUGGGUGGCUAGAAAGCUGCUCGAUCGCUCAGAGAUUUCCUCGACGCCAAGUAUCCUACCUUGUUAUAGCCCCGCAUAUGAUGGAUCAGGCACUCCUUUACUGCUGGAGCAUUUGCUUGUUCGCAAUGCGACUUUGAAUUUUCAAUUUUUCUUGUAUUAAAAUUGUUCCAAUUCGCAUGGAGGUUGUUCAUACUUCAUUGUUUCCAUUUUUUUAUCAGUUUUCCCUCCAGAAAUUCUCACAAUGAAUCGCUCAUUAUGGGGCCACCCGUUUUUUCGUUUCUUUUUUUUUUGUAAAUAUGAGUUAGUCUAAACGAACCUGACUGAUUAACAGUAUCAACAAUCAAAAACACAUUGGCGAGGAUAGUUUAGAUGGGAGAGCGUCAUAUUGAAGAUAGCAAGUUUGAUCGGCAAUCCACAUUCACUGUAUUUUUUCUUUCAUGUACAAAUUCUGUUUGUAGAGGCGUUUUUUAUUUACAC